AUGGCGAGGGGACCGUCACGGGGAAUGUCGCUCGGCGCACCGGCGCUUGUGUUUCUAUCGCUGUCGCUUUUUUUUCUCGGCGGUUUAUCGGCGCAGGAGUUGCCCACCAGCGGUGUGAACGGGUAUAGUUUGCACCCACCUUAUUUCAAUCUAGCGGAGGGGACGAAAAUCACGGCAACAGCAACCUGCGGGGUGGACGAGAACGGGCACCCGAUUCAAGACCUGUACUGCAAACUGGUCGGGGGCCCCGUGUUGGGGGACCCGAGUCAAACUAUUCAGGGCCAAUACUGUGACAUCUGCACCUCAGAAGACACUAACAGAGCCCACCCCAUCAGCAACGCCAUCGAUGGCACUGAGCGAUGGUGGCAGAGCCCUCCGCUCUCCCGCAGUACAAAAUACAAUGUGGUCAACGUCACAAUGGACCUAGGACAGCUUUUUCAUGUUGCGUAUGUGCUCAUCAAGUUUGCCAACUCCCCUCGGCCAGAUCUGUGGGUGCUGGAGCAUUCCAUUGACUUUGGAAAAACCUACCAGCCAUGGCAGUACUUUGCCUCCUCUAAGAGAGACUGUAUUGAGCGGUUUGGCCAGAGGUCUAUCGAGCGUAUCAGUCAUGACAAUGAUGUCAUCUGCACAACAGAAUACUCACGUAUUGUCCCACUGGAAAAUGGAGAGAUUGUGGUGUCUCUGGUGAACGGACGACCAGGUGCGAUGAACUUCUCCUACUCUCCUUUCCUGAGGGACUUCACCAAGGCUACCAACAUUCGCCUUCGCUUUCUCCGGACCAACACACUGCUGGGUCACCUGAUGGGUAAAGCCCUGAGAGACCCCACGGUCACACGAAGAUAUUAUUACAGUAUUAAAGACAUCAGUAUUGGGGGAAGAUGUGUGUGUAACGGCCAUGCCGAGGCCUGUAAUGCCCAAGACCCCAACGACCCGCUUCAGUGUGACUGCCAACACAACACUUGUGGACCGUCAUGUGAUAGCUGUUGCUCUGGCUUCAACCAGUUUCCAUGGAAACCAGCCACUACAUACAGUGCCAGUGAAUGUGAACCGUGUAACUGCCAUAGACACUCAUCAGAGUGCUAUUAUGAUCCAGAAGCUGACCAGCGGAGAGCCAGUCUUAACAUGCAGGGAGUGUACAGGGGCGGAGGAGUGUGUAUAGAAUGCCAGCAUCACACCACAGGCAUUAACUGUGAACGCUGUAUUCCUGGAUACUACAGGUCCCCUGACCACCCUCUGGAGUCCCCAUUCGCCUGUUCAAAGGUGUACAUCAGUGGAGAGGCCAGACCUGCAGAAGAAAUCAUCAACUGUGAGUGCAGUGCUGCAGGAACAGAGGGGAACUCAUGCAGACCGGACCCUCUCACCAAUACGUGUGUGUGUAAACCUGAAUUCACUGGAGAGCACUGUGACACAUGUGCUCAAGGACACUUCGGCCUUAACUGCCAACGCUGUCAGUGUUCAGGCCCAGGUUGUCUGGAUGGGUCCUGUGACGGAAUAACAGGCGAGUGUGUGUGCCGAAGCGGGUUUCAGGGGUAUUCAUGCGAGCAGUGUGUGCCCGGCUACUUCAACUACCCGCUGUGCCAAUUUUGUGGCUGUAGUGUUGUGGGCUCUUUACCUGAGAUGUGUAAUGCAGCUGGUCAGUGUUUGUGCAGGCCAGAGUUCACUGGUCCUCGCUGUGAGCAAUGUCAUUCAGGCUUCCACUCCUAUCCAGACUGUCAAGUGUGCACCUGUGACCCUCGUACGUCUCUGGACUUCAGCUGUAGUGUCUCGGGCCAGUGUCAAUGCAGACCCAAUUACAGCGGCCCCAAAUGUGACCAGUGUGCACCAGGAUUCUAUGGUUAUCCCAGCUGCUCACCAUGUCAUUGUUCAGUGGAGGGCUCUCGCUUUAGUUCCUGUGAUCCAUUAUCUGGUCAGUGUGUGUGCCUGCCAAAUAUUGUGGGUCAGAGGUGUGUUAGCUGCAGCCCAGAUUCAUAUGGCUUCCCCCUCUGCCAAGCUGGCACCUGUAACCCAGCAGGCUCUCUGCAGAAGGAGAUCCUACCCACAGUGGGCUCCUGUGAGUGUCGGCCAUAUGUAGAGGGGUUGGCAUGUGACCGCUGUAAGCCACUCUACUGGAAUCUAUCUCCUGAUACAGUCUAUGGAUGUUCAAUCUGUGACUGUAAUACAGUAGGGACUUUGAGUGAGGUUGCAGAGUGCACUCAGAACACCGGACAGUGUUACUGUAAAACCAAUGUGUGCAGUGGAACUUGCAACGUGUGCAAAGACGGAUACUUCAACCUGCAGAAGGGCAACUACUUUGGCUGCCAAGGUUGUCAGUGUGAUAUUGGAGGUUCUGUUGGGCAGAUGUGUGAUGACAGACAUGGACAAUGUCGAUGCAGACCCAAUGUGGAGGGACCCAAAUGCACCCAACUCCGGCCGGAUCAUUAUUUCCCAGACCUGCACCAUAUGAAGUUUGAGGUGGAAGACGGCACCACCGUGGAUGGACGUCCGGUGAGGUUUGGUUACAAUCCUUUGGAGUUUGAGAGUUUUAGCUGGAGGGGCUACGCUCAGAUGUCCCCCAUACAGAAUACAGUUAAAAUGAUGGUGAACGUGCGUGAAGCAGACAUGUAUCUCACACGCGUCAUCCUCAGAUAUGUAAACACGCAGUCGGCCUUGUCCAAUGGUAAAAUCACAGCCUAUCAAAGCAGCAGAAGAGGCUCUGAGCAGUCAAAACAGAUCGUCUUUGCACCCAGUUCAGAACCCACAUUUGUCAAUGUGCCCCAGAACAGCUUUAUGGAGCCAUUUGUGUUGAAUCCUGGAACUUGGACUGUGAUUAUAGAGGCAGAGGGUAUUCUGCUGGACUACCUAGUGCUUUUGCCUAGUGCGUAUUAUGAAGCUCCCAUCCUGCAACUUAAAUUGACUGAACCCUGUUCUUACAGCCCGAUACAGGAUGCCAGUCAGAACUGUCUGCAGUACAUGUACCUGUCUCUGGAGGAGUUCCUGACCAUCUCCGGCAACGACGCCAGCUGCAGGUCUGAUAAUCACCUGCCCAGACCUUGCCACACUGAAAAGAUCACCCCUCGCCAUCCCAGCAUGGCCAUCUGCAGCGGCAACGAUAUGAGUGUUCAGCUGCGUGGUCUGGUUCCUGUCCCUGGAGAGUAUGUGUUUGUGGUGGAGUUCGCCAGUGAAGACGAAGCCCCUCAAACUCUCACUGUGUCUGUCAACUCAUGGGGCGAACGCACACAUCAAGAGCAAAUAACACUGCUCCCCUGCAAAUACAGUUUUCUGUGUCGAGCCGUGUCUGUAGACGACAUGAAGCGUGUUGCAGUCUUCACUCUCUCUGCGGAGGCUGAUAUCCAGCUCAUUGCUGACAGAAGCAGUUUCUUCUUGCACAAAGUGUUCCUCAUUCCUCGUGCUCAGUUCACCAUGGAGUACCUGAAGCCCAGAGUUCACUGCAUCAGCACACAUGGUCACUUCUCUCCAGACAGUGGCUCCUGUAUACCAUCUCGGUUCCAGACUCCACCUCAGUCUCUGGUUUUGAAGGAGGGACAGGCCUCCUCUGUUCCUGAGCCGGUUCUGGCUUCAGCCCCUGACCCGACCCUCUACAAAGACAGACCCUCUACAUCCACACCACCAACAGCAGUUGAUAACAGUGAACACAUUCUUUUGGACUCUACUCGGAAUGCUGUGGUGUAUUCGACCCGUGUAGAUGUACUAGGCCGUUAUGUGUUCAUCCUGCACUAUCAUCAGCCCCUGCACCCGACCUUCCACGUCCAGUUCUACAUCAAUGGUGGACGCAUUUGGCAGGGCCAUGUCAAUGCUUCCUUCUGUCCCCAUGGUUAUGGUUGCCGUAGUGUUGUCAUGUCAGAGAACCAGAUUAUCCUGGAUGUGACAGACCAUGACGUCAUCCUGACCCUGCGUGUUCCAGACAGGAAGACAUUAUGGCUGGACUAUGUGCUGGUUGUACCAGAGAGCAGUUACAGUUCCAAAUUUUUGACAGAGGAGCCUCUGGACAAAUCCUAUUACUUCAUCAGCAACUGUGGACAAAACAGCUUCUACAUCAACCCAUCCACAGCAUCUCAGUUCUGCCGCAACUCUGCUGUGUCUCUGUCUGCCUUCUUCAAUAACGGCGCUGUGCCCUGUGGCUGUCAUGAGGUGGGCGCUGAGAGUGACACUUGUGAGACCUUUGGUGGGCAGUGCAGGUGCAAACCCAAUGUGAUUGGCCGAGACUGUUCCCAGUGUGCAACGGGCUACUACGGCUUCCCCAACUGCAGAUCUUGUAACUGUGGUUCACGUCUAUGUGAGCCUGUCACCGGUGACUGUAUCUGUCCUCCACAUACCCUGCUGCCGGAUUGUUUCACCUGUGAGCCGCAGACAUUUGGCUGCCAUCCUCUGGUGGGCUGUGAGAUGUGCAACUGCUCCAGACCUGGAGUCACCUCACUGGAUAUCAGCUGUGACACACACAACGGCCAGUGCAGGUGCAAGAACAACAUUGUUGGGCGUCAGUGUGACAGGUGUGCCCCAGGUUUCUAUGGAUACCCCAACUGCAGACCAUGUGACUGUAACGAGGCAGGAACUGAGAUAAAUGUGUGUGACUCAGUCACAGGCCACUGUUUAUGCAAGGAAAAUGUUGAGGGCUCUCGCUGUGACCAGUGCAAACUGGGAACGUUUUAUUUGGACCCCACCAACACUAAAGGCUGCACUAAGUGCUUCUGCUUUGGAGCUACUGACCGCUGCCGCAGUUCUGACAAACGCAGGAAUGAGAUCAUGGACAUGGCUGGCUGGGUGCUACUGAGAAGCGACAGACAGGAAGUGCCUGUGUCUGCAUACCUUGAUCAAGAUCUGGUGGAGGCCGAUCUGAGUGAUGUACCUGACGUUUCCCAGGACCUUUACUGGCAUGCCCCUGGUGCUUACCUUGGUGAUAAAGUGUCAUCUUAUGGAAGCUAUCUGCUCUACCGUUUGAACACUCAGACGAUGCGGGGUGAUGCUUUUCUGCCCAUCGAGACCAUUCGUCCAGACAUUAUACUCAAGGGGAAUCAGAUGACUCUGGUGUACAUGGAAAGAGAAUAUUCUUCCCCUGAAGAUCCCCAUCAAGGAAUUGUUCAUGUGGUAGAGGAGAGUUUCAGGCACGCUCAGACAGGAAACUCAGUGUCCCGUGAGGAGUUGAUGAUCGUGUUGGUGGCGCUGGAGUCUCUUCAGAUCAGAGCUUUGCACUCUCAGUCUGCACAGUCUGUUUCGCUGCACGCAGCUGUGCUGAAGGGGGCCGAGAACCUGUCCACUGGUCGCCAUGUCAACAACGUUGAAAUCUGUCUAUGCCCAGGAAACUAUUUAGGAGAUUCCUGUCAGCAAUGUGCUCCAGGUUACUACAGAGACAAUAAAGGCCUGUUCCUCGGGAAGUGUGUUCCCUGCCACUGUAACGGUCAUUCUGAUCAGUGUCUGGAUGGCUCUGGCAUAUGUGUGAACUGUCAUCACAACACUGCCGGAAACCAUUGUGAAAAGUGCCUGGGUGGUUUUCAUGGGAACAGCACUGUGGAUGGUCAUGCAGUGUCCUGCUCUAGUUGCCCCUGCCCACUCCAAGUGGCAUCAAACAAUUUUGCCAUUCGCUGUGUGGAGAAGCACAAUCAGAUGCAGUGUCUGUGCAUGCCUGGCUAUGCUGGUUCCAAUUGUGAGAGAUGUGCACCAGGUUACUAUGGAAACCCCAUGGUGAUAGGCAGCACAUGUCAGCUGUGCAACUGCAAUGGAAACUCAGACCCUAAUGCAUUGUUCAGCGACUGCCACCCUUUGACAGGCGAGUGUCAGAGCUGCAUGCACAACUCUGCCGGUCCUCACUGUGAAAUCUGUGCCCCUGGUUUCUACGGUGACGCCAUCACUGCCAAGAACUGCACUAAAUGCAACUGUUUUCCUUGUGGCACUGCACAUUGUGACCAUCACACAGGACAGUGCCUCUGUAAGCCUGGCAUAGUGGGAGCACACUGUGACCGCUGUGAGGAUGGUGCAUUUGGGUUUGAAUCAUGCACUGGCUGUCGUAAGUGUGAUUGUGAUGCGGCAGCAGCACUGGUUCAGCCGUGUGAUCCUGUUAAUGGAUCAUGUUCCUGUCGGCCUGGGGUUAACGGACCGAACUGCCGUCAGUGCGCUCCAGGUUACUGGGACUACAGCCCUAAUGGCUGCAAGAAGUGUGAAUGUAAAGGGGGUCGCUGUGACCCUCGUACAGGGGAAUGCCGCUGUGCAGAAGGUCUAACGGGAAAGUUGUGUGACAUGUGUGUUAAUAAACACAGUGUCCCUGUGCAGCAUGAAACAGAUGUGUACUGCCAGCCUUGUGACAGCUGUGUGAUGGUGCUGAUGGAUGAUCUAGACAAGAUAAACCAUCUUUAUCAGUCUGUUGCCCAACAGCUGACCAGCCUCAACGCCAGCUCAUUUGCCUGGGCUCAGCUAAACCGACUCAGUGUGUCUAUAGAUAACAUGUCUAAUGCCAUAGCAAAUUACAACAGCACUUUGGAUGAGAGCAGGGACCGGGCCGACAUGCUGGAGGGAGAGCUGCAGACCAUCGACUCUGACAUUAAAGAGUUAGAGGAAAAGGACUCAAUCACACAAAAGAGGGGAUCAGAUUUAGAGGACAAUACCUACUCCACAUACAAGAGAGCACAAGACCUGCUUGGCUUCAUCAAUGGCAUAAUGGGCAAUGUGCAAGACAUUAUCAAACAGGUGAACCGAACACUACAGAAUGAGACCAAGGUGACAAGCGAGGAAGAACUGACUCCGAAGAUAGCAGAUGUGGAGUCCAUGCUGAGAGACAUGCGCUUCAGGGGCUUUGAUUUCCAGAAGACACUAGCAGAAAAUGAACUGGACCAGGCCAACAAGUUGGUAGAUCGUGUCGAGGAUGAGAUUGCAAACCGCACAGCGAAUAAUGAGGCUGUGGCAGAGAACGUCAGAAAUAAACUGAACCAGUUCAACCAGCAGCUCACUGACCUGAGAGACACUCUCAAUGAGGCAGUCAACAACACCGCACACACUGUAGAGGCCAACAACAUUAACCAGAAAGGACUGGAGGAGGUCCAGAAACUAAUCAAUGACCUGCGUGAGAAGUAUAAAGGGAUGGAGAAAUUGUUGCAAAUGGCAGAGGAUGACGUGACUCAGGUCAAUGAUUUGCUCUCCAUGCUUCAGGACUCCAAAGAGGAAUAUGAGCAACUGGCUGCUCAGUUGGAUGGAGCGAAACAACCACUAGCUGAGAAGGUGCAGAGCUAUGCACCAUCUGCCACUAAAAUUCCACUGGUGGAGGAAGCAGAGAGACAUGCCGAAAUGCUGGACCAGCUGGCCAAGAAUCUAACCAGUCUGAUAUCGGGCUCCAGCCAAGGCAGUUUCAUACAGCGAGCUAUGAAUGCAUCUCGGGCAUACACUAAUAUUAUAAACAGUGUGCAGGAAGCUGAGACUGCAGCUAAGUCAGCGAAUGAAUCGGCGACUGAUGCUCUGAAGAAAAUGAAGGAUAAUGAUAUUCCCCAAAAGGCUGCUGCACUGAAGAACCAGAGUAUAGAGCUUUUGAAGGAGGCAGAGGAACUGAAUAACCAAAGUAAAAGUCUGAAACCCCACUUUGACUCUAUAAAGAAGAGUUUGCAGAAUGCCACAGAGAAGAAAGAGAAAAUGCUCAAAGACCUGAAGAACAUCCAAAAUAACUUCAACUUUAGCCAAGAAGACACAGCAAUGGCCAAGAGGGCAGUGGAGAAGGCAAACAACACAGUAACUAAUGUUAGCAACACACUUGCUCCAAUUCUGAAACAGCUGGAGGAAUGGCAGAAGCAGUAUGGUGACUCCAACACCACCACUGAUGAUAUCAACAAAGUACUCAAUGAUGCCAAUACCUCAGUGGUGGCGCUGGGUGACAGUCUUCCUCAACUGAUGAAGAAGUUGGACCGUCUGCAGAACACCUCGUUUCAGCCAUCCAACAUCUCCGACAGCAUCCAUAGGAUCCGGCAGCUCAUCGAGCAGGCUCGCAACGCUGCUAACAAGGUGAGCGUGUCAAUGCAGUUUAAUGGUAACUCGGGAGUGCAGGUGAGGACUCCCAGUAACGUGGCUGACCUGGCAGCCUAUUCGUCGCUACAGAUGUACGUCAAACUCCCUCAUAGCAGACGCAGGCGCCGCCAAACUGCAACCGCCAAGCCCCAGUUUGUCUUCUACCUCGGCAACAAAAACUCAAGUAAGGACUAUAUGGCAAUGAUUCUGGAAGGCACAAAACUGCGCUGGUAUUUUAAUGUGGGAGGAGAUACAGCACAGGUGUUGAUGAAGCAAGACAUGGGGAAUGAUUACUUCAACAAACUUGUCCUGGAGAGGACUCUACAAUACGGUCAAAUGGAAAUGUCAGUUGAUUCAGAAGGCACAAACAUAGUUAAACAAAGCAUGGAGGCAGGAGGAGACAAUGGCCUUCUCAACUUACCAGCUGAAGAUACUGUGUUUUAUGUUGGUGGUUACCCCAGCACGUUCAAAGUGAGUCAUGCUCUUUUGGUACCUCCAGUGGAUCUGAACAUGAGAUCUUCAAACUUCUUCAAAGGUUGCGUUGAGUUGCUAAGUCUUAACGAAGAGCUAAUCAGCCUCUAUAACUUUGAAGAAACCUACAAAAUGAACACCACAACUGAUCUCCCAUGUUCAAGGAAGAGGCCUUCAAAAACACCACAAUGGGUAGUUGACGGAGUUUAUUUUGAUGGUUCGGGUUAUGUCGAGGUUUUAUUUGAAGCACGUUCUGACGACCGCCUGUUUGAGCAGUAUGUCAAAGUCAUCUCACAAAACGGCAUUCUCAUGUUGUUCCAUAGAGGGGACAAGUAUGUGUGCGUGGCCAUGUUUGAGGGUUUUCUGAGGCUUUUCCAUAACGUUGAGGGAACUGUGACGAAUCACACAUCAUCAACAGAUCUGUCAAAAAUAAAAAUCAGUAACGCUCAACCCAAAUAUCUGGAUGUUAUCUUUCAACUUGGCAAAAAUGAAAUGCUAGUGAGGAUAGAUCGUCAAAAUUUGUAUACACUUUCGAGCAAAGAGCUAAACUUCACAGGAAGCUACUUCCUGGGUGGAGUACCAGGGGAUCAGAUGCCUGAGAGUCUGAAAAGUAUGUUCCCUGAGCGGGCCUCCAUAAAAGGUUGCAUGAGGAACAUUAAGGCCCUGAGACGCUUUGUUCAAAUGAAGAUCAUGAAGAGUUCAGGAAUCAGCUACGGCUGUCCUGACAACCUGCUGUUUACUCGUGAGGCACAUUUCGCUGGCGAAGGCUAUCUAGGCUUAAAACUGGAUGGUGUACCGGAUGUUCCUGAUAACUUUUAUGCUGGCAUUGGCUUCAGGACCGAUCAACAGAAUGGCCUCAUGUUUUAUCAUAAAGGCCAGAGUGAUGUGUGUCAGGUUAUCUUAGACAGCGGACAUGUAGUAGUCAGUUCUGGCAAAAAUGAAGUCAGAUCACAAAAGUCAUACAACGAUGACUACAGUCACUAUGUUGCAUUCUACAGCAAUACAGAUGGGUUGCGCAUUUAUAUAGAUGAUGUACUUGAAAGUGGAGGUGGUAGCACGGCCAACAGCAGGGCGGUGCUGCAGUCUGACCUUACCUAUGUGGGCGGUACUCCGGAGUCAAGCGGCCUCACCAACCUCACCGGCUGCCUUAGCAACUUCUUUAUUAAGAGAAUUAAUGAACCACAGAUUGUGGAGGAUCUCAAAAAUGUUCAGGAGGGACGCAAGUACACAUUCAAGUGCCCAGGCUCUUCAGAGCCACUGGAGAUACUGGAUUCACCACGGAGAAAGAAUCCAAAGCCACAUGGAGGUUCGAGAACCCGCAAGGCCCGUGAGUCCUGCCAGGGUGAGACGGCCGUCCAGGAGGUUGACGCCCACCAUUUCAGUGGCUCCUCCCACAGCCACCUGCGGUUUGAUACACUGCCUCAGGCAUUUAGCAAGGCGCCACACAUUUCUCUCAGCGUGCGUGUAAAUGCUACAAGCGGACUAAUCUUCCACGUGGCGGGAGGGAAGAGCCAGAGAACCAUGACACUCUCUCUGUCUGAUGGUCACCUGUUGUUGCUGGUCAAUGGUGGAAAGAGGAAGGCCAGCAUCCGUAGCAAAAAGAAAUACAGAGACGGCCUAUGGCACAUGGUCUUUGUGAAAGUGGAGGGUGGCAGUGCCAUUCUGACAGUGGAUGGAAUCGAGACCCAGAGGAAGAAAGUGACGGGUGUGUUUGGUGCGCCUCUCUACAUUGGUGGACUUCCCUCAGACCACACUGCAGCUAUGCCUGGUUUCAUUGGCUGUGUGAGGGAUUUGAAACUGAAUGAAGAGACACUACACAUCCCGUCUCACAGUGUAGGUGUGGUACCCUGUUUCCAGCAGCUCCUGCAGCCUGGUGUUUACUUUCCCAGUCAGGGAGGAUAUAUGACCACUGAUGAAUUACUGGUACUGGGUCGAGACCUGGAGAUCCAUUUGGAGGUUCGGCCAGUUUCUGACACCGGGCUUUUGCUGCAUGCUGGAGCAAAGAGAAAUCAACAGCUGAGUCUCUAUUUGAAUCAGGGCCAGGUGACUGUGUUGGUGAACAGUGGAAGUGGAGAAUUCUCAGUGAGUCUCACUCCAGAGGAGUCACUCUGUGAUGGAAGUUGGCACAGUCUAGCAAUUGUGAAGAAGAGUAAUGUAAUCCAGUUACAUUUGGAUGCAGCGAGUGAACAUGGAGUCGGGCCCAAAAAAAGCAAAUCAAGUGGGGCCAAAGAGACUGUCUAUCUGGGCAGCAUGCCAGAUAACAUGGAGGUGCCGGGUCUCCCAUCUCCACUCCCCUCUUUCAAUGGUUGUGUGAGGAAAGUCAUUCUGAACCACAGGCCCAUCAUGCUGUCCAAAUCCUCCUUAGUGUCUGGAGCUGUGGGGAUACAGGGCUGCCCUGCAUCGUAGUCCA